GUGAGCCUUGGCAGUACUUGGAGACAGCUAAAAUAACUGCUGUCCUUAGAGGACUGCUUUUAAGAACAAGGAGGUCUCUACCCACUUCAGCCUAAACAGUAUGCACUGAGCACUUCUUUGGAUGGGGAACACUUUGCAAGACAGUGAGAAUCUUAUCCAUCAUGACUGCCAUCCGGCUACGAGAAUUUAUUGACCGCCGCCCAGCAAUCCCACCCAGUAUAUUCAUUGUUCACCAAGGAAAAGAUCUCCGUGGUUAUUACACUGGGCAGCUGGCAAGACUCCAUUAUGAUUAUAGUGUGAAGAGAUCUCCCAGACCUCUCAUAGACUUGGAAAUUCCAUCUAAGAAGAAAAGUCAGUAUCAGCCUCAAUUAGACCAACAAACUCUCAUUCAUUAUAUCAAUUUUCGAAGACGUUCAAAGCCUGCCGAACCAUGGUAUAAAGAAACCUCUUACCAAAGAGACUAUUCUUUGCCAUUUUACAAGAUGGAUUGGGCCCGGAAAUUAGCCACAGUUUCAUCAAAUCCUAGACCACUCAAUUCACUGCCAGAGCACUACUGUUGUGAAGGGAGGUGGCUUUGAAAGAAAGGCUUUUAAACUAAAGUAACCAUGGCAUUUUGAACAAAACAUUCGGCAUUCUUAAGUGGCUCCUUUAGGCUAAAAUAAUGGUUAACAGAACUACUUUUAAGUGUGUAUCCUGAUGGCUACAAUCCUAAACAUAUUUACACAUUGCAAAUUCUCUUCCAAUCAGUUGGCCAGUCUAGGGCAGGGAAUCAAGAUCAGCCUUGAGAGUUUGUCACCCGUUCUUAAGGCCCCACUAGCAGUCUUGUUGCUAAUGUCGCCAAACCAUCUCACAUUUAGUCCAGUGGUUACAUGUGGGACCAGUUACGGAGAUAAUUGCAUCUGUUCAAUAACUGCAACACUGUUAG